CAUGAUCUAAUAUGAAUGAUCGCUCUGCAGAAAAACUGGAGGAAGCCCAGAGGUAUUGACAACAGAGUGCGCAGGCGCUUCAAGGGUCAGAUGUUGAUGCCCAACAUCGGUUAUGGGAGUAACAAGAAGACCAAACACAUGCUGCCCUCUGGAUUCAGGAAGUUCUUGGUCCACAAUGUCAAGGAACUUGAAGUCCUCAUGAUGAGCAACAAGUCCCAUUGUGCAGAGAUCGCCCACAAUGUGUCUUCAAAGAACAGGAAGAUCAUUGUAGAGAGGGCCGCUCAGUUGGCCAUUAAGGUCACAAACCCCAACGCCAGACUUCGCAGCGAGGAGAAUGAAUAAUAUGGUUUUCUUGUUGUCUUUUCAAUAAAGUGAAAGUGUUAACUA